CAUUUGACAAAAGUAAAAAAAAUUAAUCCAGGUUUUCAGGUUUUGCUGGAAGCUUUAAUAUAAAGAAAAAGAUGCUUACUUCUUCACUCGUCACUGGCCUUCGGGCUGCUCGGUCCUCUGUCAUCGUUACAAGAAAUCUAGCCGCAGCGCAAAAAGCUACAGACCCUAUUCAGCAGCUUUUCGUGGACAAGAUCAGGGAAUACAAGAAGAAGAGUGUUGGUGGCAAACUUGUUGACCCAACUCCAGCGAUAGAAAAGGAACUAAAAGCGGAACUAGAAAAACUGGAGCGGCAGUUUGGAGGAGGUGCUGGAGUAGACAUGACAUCAUUCCCCACAUUUAAAUUUGAAGAGCCUAAAUUAGACCCCAUUGAUGAACAGGCACAGCAGAAGAAGUGAAGAAAUUAAGUGAUUCUUUAGAAAUAUAGUUUACAAUAUUUAUAUGAUGCUUGGCAGAAAUUAUUGGAGUAUCUAAGUAAGAGAAAAAUAAAAACAUUCUUCAUUGGUUG